CGCCUUUUCUACCCUACAUAUUUCCACUUGUCGGCGUGGUUUUCUUGUGUGUCUCUUUACUCAAAAAACUACAGAUAUCUGGCUAUGUCUUUCUUGCGAGGGGAUGGGUAGGGGGGGGGGGGGGGGGGGGUCAUGAAGUCAACUUCUGGCUAGUCUACUCGUCGAUGAUACAUUGCAGUCUAGCGUGGAUGCUGCUCUAA